AUGCGAUCAGAUAGUCGGAUGAACGUGACGGAUAUUUUGCUCCUGGCGGAGAAUGCAGCGAGUGUGACAGCGACCAGUCUUCAGGGGACCGACUUGAACAUAAUUGCUUCGACAGUGACGACGCUUCGAUCCAAGGUUCAGAAAACGUAUUCCCAGGGCCGCGAAGUGAUGGAUGCGAAACAGCAAGAGGUCGUUUGUACACAGAUCGGAAGCAAGGUUCGUGUUCUUUAUCCAACGCCAGAAGACAAUAUCACCAUCGUUCCCUCUACCGAAUCCAUCAAGAAUCUGGCGACACGAGCCACCGACUCCAGCGACCGAGCAUCACGUGUGGCACACGAGAACCUUCAGGAGGAACUCUCAGCGCAGGCAAUCAGCGAAGGAGAGGCGCUCGGCGAGGCAGACGAUGUCCUAGACGCGCAACGAAACGAAUUUUGGGACUUUCAAAAUCGGGUGAAUUCCUCCAGUGCCGUCCUGCGUACAAUCACAAUGCAAGAGCAUAAUGAGAUCAUCGAAAGCUACGAAUCUUCACUCAAUGAGGGAUUAGCAGUGGAGGUACGAGAAAGGACUCGCGUACUUCAGAGCAAUGAUUACACCCUCGCGCCUUUAGAGCCGGAGACGAAGAAGGCAAGCCCAAAGAAAUCCGGGAAGGAGGUCAUAGUGAGACGAUGCUCCACGAUGCAAGAUCAAGAGAAGAAGGACAUAGGACUCAUAGGCAUAAAAGAUGUCCAUGCCAAGCCUCUAGGGUUGAGAUGCAAAAGCCUCGAACCGGAGCCCGACGGAGAGGGGGCAGAUGAUGAGACUGGAGGGUCGGGUGCUGAAAAACCCAAGAAGGUCAAGACGGGGACCGAGAACGGCACUAAAGGCGUGGAAGGACACUUCGCGCGUCCGACUAGUCCGUCCACAGGCCUAGACUAG